AAUUGUUGACUAGUGUAAUUGAAAGAUUGUUCAUGUGUGCAGGAAUCAAAUUUGGCGGGGAGAGAGAAUGGAACUAUUGCUGGCAGAACUAUCAGAAAACUCAGGUGCCCAGCGAGAAGAGAAUAAUGUUACAGGCGCUAGGAGCGACGACGGACACUUGGCUGUUACAGCGCUAUCUCUUACGAUCGUUGAAUCGAGAGAUGGUGCGAUCGCAAGAUGUCGAGACUGUUAUAGCGUCUGUCGCGACCAAUUCCGAAGGUCAAUUCCUUGCGUGGCGUCACCUCAAGGCGUAUUGGCCUCAGAUACACGCCUUAUUCGGGAAUGGAUCACUCACGAUGGGAGGACUCAUAUCUGUCGUGAUCUCCGACUUUUUCACGGAGUACGAUUACCAUGAGGUUUCGGAAUUCUUUAAAAACGUGGACGUUGGGAGCGGUCGACGGGCGUUAGAACAAAGCCUAGAAACAAUCAAGUUCAAUAUACACUGGGUGAAAGAGAAUGCGGACACCGUCGAUCGAUGGCUUAUAAACUAUUUGAACGUUCACACGAGUUAACCCCUCAUUUAUCGGGAAUGGGACAAGAAUGACGCGAAAUUAUCAUGCAGUCAUUCCAUAACGGCUCUUACUUUUCUCAUGCUGCUCGUCGAUACAUGAUAAUACAUUCGAAAUACGAAUUGUAUGUACUUUCAUAUAACGACGACUCGCUGUAGGAAAACGUAAGACAUUUGUUACUGUCUCUCUGAAUCGUUCAUUUACCAUUUAGAUAUACAUAUAUGUAUACAUGUAUGUAUGUGCAUGUAGAGGGUGUCUGAUUUUCAGUUACUUUACAUCAUUAUUAUGACAUGUAACAAAAAUAUGUAGAAGUAUGAUAUUAAUUUUUUUUUAAAUCAACCUUGUCUUUUAUAAAUGUAGUCAUCAACUAUUUUUACUACAUAUAAUAAUAACGUAAA